AUGCACUCCUGCCUCCUCCUUGCCCUCCCUCUCCUCGCCCCUCUCGCCGUCGCUGCUGCCAACAAUGUCCCCCAAACGCACGGCGUCCACCCUGCCCACUUAGCACGCUACAAGCCUCAGGGCACCGGCUCCGCACAGACGUGGACGUGCCUCGACGGCUCCAAGCAGCUCCCAUGGACGUCUGUCAACGACGACUACUGCGACUGCCCAGACGGCAGCGAUGAACCUGGCACCGGCGCGUGCCCGCAGACUACGUUCUACUGUAAGAACGAGGGCCACAUCGGCGCUUCCAUACUGAGCUCCAGAGUGAACGACGGCCUGUGUGAGCCCGACUGCUGCGACGGCUCAGAUGAGCCAAGCGGCGUUUGCAAGGACUCGUGUAAGGAAGUCGGAGAGGAGUACAAGAAGCGAGUGGACGCAGAACGAAAACUCCGAAAGACAGGCUCCAAAAUUCGGUCGACCUACAUCGCGUUCGCACAGAAAGAGAAGAAGCGGCUCGAGGGCGAGAUCGCCGAGUCGGAGAAGGAGAUCGCGACCAGAGAGAAGGAGGUCGCUCGUCUGAAAGACAUCGUGGACCGCACCGAGUCCCUCUCCGCCGCAGCCCUCGAGCACAAGAAGCAGUCGCCGCUCUACGCCUCCCUCAUCGCCCACGCCAAUGCGCUCAAGUCCCUACAGCGCGAGCACAAGAAACACCUCGAGCGCGAGAAAUCCCUCGGCGACAUCCUCAUCUCACUCCGGAGCGGUUACAACCCAAACUACCAGGACAUGGCCGUCCUCGAGGCCGUCCGCGGUUGGGAGUACCAUGCGGGCCUGCCCCACAUCGGCGUGGAAGAGGACGCGGAGAACAAGGACGAGGAGGGCAGCGACGAUGUCGAGGAGGCGCCCGAAGCCGUCGAGGAAGAGCUCGAGGAGGGCAUGUGGACCGCCGAACAGCUCGAAAAGGACCUUGACGGGCUGCUGAAGGCGGAUUAUGUGUCGUUGUUGAUGGAGCAUGAUACGCACAUCGGGGCGAGCAGCACCGAGUCGAUUUUGUUCGAUUUGGCCGCUUAUAUCCCAGAUGCAUUGCUUCCGCAGUACGAGGCUGUUCGUGGCACAGUAGUGUCAUGGUUGGCCGCCCUCAAUAUCAUUCCUCGGCCUUCCGGCGGUGCUGCGGAUUCCCGUGCUCGCGAGGCGUAUAACGACGCCGAACACAGCUUAAGCCUCGCGAAGAAGGAGCUCGAGCAGGCCCAGACCGACCUCGCAGAUCUGUUCGACCCCACUGGCUUUGGAAGGGAAGGCGAGUGGAAAAAGCUCGACAACACCUGCUUGUCGACCGACACCGGAGAUUAUACAUAUGAAGUGUGCCUGUUUGACGAGGCGAGGCAGAAGCCGAACAAAGGCGGCACCACGUUCAGUCUCGGUAAAUUCGCAUCGUGGCACCCGUCCAGCAGCGUCGAAGUCGGAAGUCCAGAGUACUACAGCAAACAAAUGUACAAGCAGGGCACCAAGUGCUGGAACGGCCCGCACCGCAGCGUCAUCUUGCGCCUCGUGUGCGGGACGGAGAACGCAAUACACACGGUGGAGGAGUUGGAGAAGUGCGAGUACCAGUUCACGGGGACGUCGCCUGCGCUGUGCCUCCCGCUGGAGGAGGGCAAGCUAGAGAAGGACGAGCUUUAGUAGCGUGUGUAUAUAUAUUUAUGGAGUGCUUGCGCCACACUCGCGCCGCGCAAUACAGCAGAUGGCGACUG